GUCUGUUUUCACAAUAAUCAUUUUCAGCCAAAGACAAGUUACCCCUUUAAGAUCUAAUCAUACAUACAACGACUCUUCAUAAAACAAAGCUUUUUUCUAGUUUUUAUUCCUCUUAAAAAUAUCGCUUUUACUUUGAAAGUAAAGACUUUUAGGAUUCGGUUCUUUGAAUGGGGGGAAAGCAGAAGUUUUAGAGAGAGGGAGAACGACAAUGAUGGAAUGAUUUCAUUCCAUUCAAAGCUGGGUUUGAGUUUUAGGGGCAGAAAGUUGAAUUGGGUAGUGUCAAAUUUAUCAUGGCUGUGGUGAGUCAUGUACCAGCAAUAGCACAACCGGUGGAUCAAAUAAGGUAUCGAGACAUUGGGGUGCCUGAAAUCAUGUCAAUCAGAGGAGAGAUCGUGGAGGAACCGGUGGCACGUGUGAUUGAAGAUAAGAUUUAUGUUGCUGUGGGCAAACAAGUUAAAGAAAGUAAAUCAGUUCUCUUAUGGGCUCUAAAGAAGUGGAGAGAAAAGAGAUUUUGCAUAAUUCAUGUUCACCAACCCGCCCAAAAGAUUCCAGUUUCGGGACUAGGUUCGAAGCUUCCAGUGAGCUCAGUUAGUGAACAGGAAGUUCGGUCAUACAGGGAAUUUGAAAGGCGAGAGAUGCAAAAGAGCCUGGAUGAGUACCUUCUUAUCUGUCAAAGCAUGAGGGUGCGGGCAGAAAAGCUAUUUAUUGAAAGUGACUCUAUUGAGAAGGGAUUAGUUCAGUUAAUCUUGCAGUAUGGGAUCAAGAAGCUUGUAAUGGGAGCAGCAGCGGACAAACACUAUAAGAGGAAAAUGGUGGACCUCAAGUCUAGGAAGGCCAUCUCCGUGCGCCUACAAGCACCUGCUUCUUGUCAAAUAUGGUUUAUUUGUAAUGGGAACAUUAUCCUCGAAAGGAAUGGGUCCAAUGUACCAGAAGGAACUGGAGGGCCUUCCACUCCAGGGAGCAGCUCUGCGGCAGAAGAGAGUUGUGAUGAAUGGGAUGAUGUUACUCCGACUCCAGUUAGGCGAACUAAGAGCAGUAAGGAGCCCCAAGAUUUUCAUAAUCCAUCUCCUCCAAGUGUAAAGCAGGAUGGAAGUGUUGAUGAUACCCUGUAUGAUCAACUUGAGCAAGCAAUUGCAGAGGCUGAAAAUUCAAGACAAGAAGCAUUUGUAGAGGCACUCAGGCGUGGGAACGCUGAAAAAGAUGCCAUUGAGGCUAUUCGCAGGGCUAAAGCAUCUGAAAGUUUGUAUACUGAGGAGUUGAAACGCAGGAAAGAAGUUGAGGAAGCACUUGGAAAGGAAAACCUGGAACUUGAGAGGCUGAGGAAACAGCAAGAUGAAGUCAAUGAAGAACUUCAAAUUUCCCUGGAUCAGAAAUCAUUGCUGGAGAGUCAAAUUGCAGAAGUUGAUCAGACGGUAAAUGAGUUGGAGCAGAAAAUCGUCUCAGCUGUUGAACUUUUGCAAAACUACAAGAAGGAACGUGAGGAGUUGCAGAUUGACCGUGAUAAUGCCCUCAAAGAAGCUGAGGAGCUGAGGAGAAGUCGAAAGGAGGCCUCAAGCAGCAUGCAUCAACCUCAGUUCUUCUCUGAAUUCUCAUUCCUAGAGAUUGAGAAAGCAACUUGUAACUUUGAUCCAUCCCUGAAGAUUGGAGAAGGGGGCUAUGGGAGCAUAUAUAAAGGUAUGUUGCGUCACAUGCAUGUGGCUAUAAAGAUGCUGCAUUCUCAUAGCUUACAAGGUCCCUCGGAAUUUCAACAGGAGGUUGAUGUUUUGAGUAAGAUAAGGCACCCAAAUCUUGUUACACUUAUUGGAGCCUGUCCGGAGGCAUGGACACUUGUAUACGAAUAUCUAUGUAAUGGAAGCCUUGAAGACCGGCUCAGCUGCAGGGAUAAUUCUCCCCCUUUAUCUUGGCAAACUAGAAUACACAUUGCCACUGAGUUGUGCUCAGUUCUUACAUUUCUCCACUCUUGUAAACCUCACUGCAUUGUUCAUGGUGAUCUAAAACCAGCCAAUAUUCUCCUUGAUGCUAACUUUGUGAGCAAGCUUAGCGACUUUGGAAUCUGUCGCUUACUUUCUCAGGGUGAACUUUCAAACAAUAACACAACACCAUGUUGUAGAACCAACCCUAAAGGCACAUUUGCUUACAUGGAUCCUGAGUUUCUUGCUACAGGAGAACUGACACCCAAGUCAGAUGUUUACUCAUUUGGAGUCAUUUUAUUGCGAUUGCUGACUGGGAGACCUGCCUUGGGGAUAACAAAGGAAGUUCAGUAUGCAUUAGAUACAGGAAAGUUGAAGAUGCUCCUGGAUCCUUUGGCUGGAGAUUGGCCGUUUGUCCAAGCAGAGCAGUUGGCCAACUUGGCAUUGAGAUGUUGUGAGAUGAAUCGAAAGGGACGGCCAGACCUUGGAACAGAUGUAUGGAGGGUACUUGAACCAAUGAGGGCUUCUUGUGGAGGGUCUACAUCAUUCAGAUUGGGUUCUGAAAGGCGUUGCCAACCUCCUCCAUAUUUUAUCUGUCCCAUUUUCCAGGAAGUCAUGCGAGACCCACAUGUAGCAGCUGAUGGUUUUACGUAUGAGGCAGAGGCCUUGAGAGGAUGGUUGGACAGUGGCCACGACACUUCACCUAUGACAAACCAUGCGCUUUCCCACAAAAAUCUUGUCCCCAACCUUGCUCUUCGAUCUGCAAUUCAGGAGUGGCUGCAACAGAACUAAAUUAUCAUCCGUACUUUCAUUGUUUGUAAGAGCGCUCUAGUAGUAUUCUCAUCCUAUUGUACAGUUAGCCUUAAAUAUUUGUAUUUGUUCUCUCUCUAUAUAUAUGUAAUCGACUUCUACACAUUAUCAUACAGAAUAUUUUUUUGAACGCUAUGUUAAGAAUGGGAAGGUCGUGUACGGCAGCAAUUUUUGCGGACUUUCGU